AUAAGAAAUAAAUAGACUGGUUUGGUUGAUAAAAGAGUUCGUGUGUGAACUGGGACGUACGAAGCAUGUGCUUGAUGAUAAUUGUGGCACAUCUCAAACUUGAUAAAUCAAAAUGAUUUAUAAAUGUCAAAAGUAUAAACAACUGCUGUUCUUGGUAACAAGAGGGAGAUAAGAAUUGAAUUGCACAUACAUUUUUUUUGGGUAACUGGAGUUAAAAAAUGCGUGCUUCUAUAGUUCGUUGGAGUAAAGUGUCUCCAAAAUUAAAGGAGCUACGUAUACAUCUUUGCCAAACGGGUGAAGCUUCAAAAGGUGUAAGAGAAUACGUGGAGAAAUUUUAUCCAAACCUUAAGAAGAAUAACCCAGAAUUGCCAAUUUUAAUUCGAGAGUGUUCAGGGGUUCAGCCGCGAUUAUGGGCACGAUAUGUUCUAGGUAAAGAAACUUCCGUUCCAUUGACAAAUCAAUCAGCACCAGAAAUUCAAAAGCAAGUAGAAGCUGUAGCAAAAGCGUAAAUUUUAUAUAUUUUUGACUACAAGCCAAAACUGUGAACAUAUGUUUAUCGUAAUAAUAAAAUAUAAUAAAGAAACGUCACACAUCUAA